CGAACUCCGCGUCCCUGGCGCGGAGGAAUCCGCAGGAAGCCGCAGUGCGGCGAGGACGCGCGAGCCGGGCGGGGCGGAGCCCGGGCGAGGCGGGGCGCGCGCGGCGGCCGUUGAGGGACCGUUGGGGCGGGCGGCGGCGGCGGCGACGCGCGCUGCGGGCUAAGAGUGUGGAGGCGCGGACGCGCGGCAGAGCUCGAGCUGCUGCAGCUGCUGCCGCCGCCAGAGGAACCUCGAUCCCCGCGCUCCGGACACCCAGUGCCUCGCCAUGGCUGACCAGCUGACUGAAGAACAGAUUGCAGAGUUCAAGGAAGCCUUCUCCCUCUUUGACAAGGAUGGAGAUGGCACCAUUACCACCAAGGAGUUGGGAACCGUAAUGAGGUCGCUGGGGCAGAACCCCACUGAGGCUGAACUUCAGGACAUGAUCAAUGAGGUGGAUGCUGAUGGGAAUGGGACCAUUGACUUCCCAGAGUUCCUCACUAUGAUGGCCAGAAAGAUGAAGGAUACAGACAGUGAGGAGGAGAUCCGAGAGGCUUUCCGUGUCUUCGACAAGGAUGGGAAUGGCUAUAUUAGUGCCGCUGAGCUGCGUCACGUCAUGACGAACCUGGGGGAGAAGCUUACCGAUGAGGAAGUGGAUGAGAUGAUCCGAGAGGCUGACAUCGAUGGAGACGGCCAGGUCAAUUAUGAAGAGUUUGUACAGAUGAUGACUGCGAAGUGAACGCCUGGGCAGCUGGCGAUGCCCAUUCUCCUGAUCUCUUCUCGCGCUCUCCUCUCUUCAACACUCCCCUGCGUUCCCCGGUUCUAGCAAACACCAAUUGAUUGACUGAGAAUCUGAUAAAGCAACAAAAGAUUUGUCCCAAGCUGCAUGACUGCUCUUUCUCCUUCCUGACUCUCCGUCCAUGCCCCUCAUCGCUUCCUUUGGCCUCCCCAUUUCCAUUGCCACCUUCCAGGCCUGAUGCAUUCAUAAGGUGAACUCCAUUCCCCUGGAGGAACCUCUUACCCCUCCAGCCUGGGUCGCUCUCUUCAUUUCGGUUUGUUUCCUUUUGCUUGUCCUUUGGGUGCUGGGGUGGCUGUCGGCCUUCUCCUGGCCCUACAGGGAGCGGAGUGAGGCCCUCACCAGGCAGAGGCGCAUGCCCUCCGCCACUGUUGCAUGCACCCAGCCCUGUGAUUCCAUGUGCAAACCCAGCAGCCUAUGGGGCGGGGUGCCAGGAGGGGGCGUUCCAGGACUAAGGAGCUCGAAGUGUGGCAGUGACUGGAUGUGGCCCAGGGGAGCAAGGAGCAGGAAGGCUUGGAAGCUGACAUGCUUUCACUCCUGGAGGGGACAGACAGAGUGGGCGGCACAGCACUUGGGUCUCGCUGAUGCUGGUCUGGAACCAUCUGGCUGGCUUUCUGAGGUCAGGCUGGGCAGGGGCUGUCAUUGGCUAUGCUGCCAAUCACACUUGCCCUCCAGUGAUCUCCUGCUGUUCUGUAAAUACCUGGUGCUAACAUCCCAUGCCGCUUCCCCCAUGGCGCCCUGGCCACCCGCCCCGCCCAGGGCCCCGUCUAGGAAUGGAUGUGGGGAUGGUCGCUCUGUAAUGUGCUGGUGAUCCUUGAUUUUUUUUUUUCCCUUUUCUGCCCCUUCAAAGUUUCAUUUAGUCCCACACAUGCCGGGCCAGCUGAAGGGUGGGGAGAGCCCUCCCAAGCUCACGAGAACCAACCUGCAAUAAACACUUCUGUGGGCCGCCACACAGAGCAGCAGGCACCUCCCACCUGUCCAUGGUGACUUGGCACCGCUUCCUCCGCUUGUGCCGCCUCUGCCCUCCCUGCCUGCCCCACUCCCCAGCGGAGAGCAUGAUCCGCGCCCUUGCUUCUGACUUGCCUCUGGGACAUGUCAGUCAACGUGGGCAGUUCAGUCUGGGUUCGCUUCCUUUCUUCUCAUCUGGCCCCCCAGGUCGAUGAAGUGGCUUUUCCUGGGACCUGCCCAGCUUUGAGACUCUUCUCCUCCAGCCCCUGGCAGCAGCCUGGAGGGAGGGAGGGACAGGGCAUAGCAGGAGACCCAGCUGAGGGCAAGGGCAGGUAGGCGUGAGGCUGUGUGGACAGACGUUGCAGAAUGUUUUGGUUUUUUUGUUUUUGUUUUUUUUAAACCGGGCAAUAUUGUGUUCAGUUCAAGCUGUGAAGAAGACUAUAUAUCAAUGUUUUCCAAUAAAAUACAGUGACUACC